AUGGAGACUUUGGAUAUUUGGAAUUGUGAUUCAAUUACAUCCGUCUCCUUCCCAACAGGAGGAGGGCAGAAGCUCAAGUCACUUACCAUCACCGAUUGCAAGAAACUACUUGAAAAGGAGUUGGGAGGAAGAGAGAAGUCAAGAAUGCUUAUAAACUCAAAAAUGCAGAUGCUUGAAUCAGUAGAUAUACGUAAUUGGCCAAAUCUGAAAUCCAUCAGUGAAUUGAGUUGCUUCAUUCACCUGAACAGUUUAUAUAUAUCAGAGUGUCCAAGUAUGGAUUCAUUUCCUGACCAUGAGUUGCCGAAUCUCACUUCUUUAAAACAUCUCAGGAUAGAAAAGUGUACAAGAAUGGAUGCAUCUUUUCCUCGUGGGCUUUGGCCUCCGAAACUAUGUUUCCUUAAUAUAGGAGGGUUGAAGAAGCCCAUCUCAGAGUGGGGCCUACAGAAUUUCCCAACCUCACUUGACAACCUAUUAUUACAUGGCGGGCCAUAUGAUGAUGUGAAAAAGUUUGAUCAGUUGUCACAUCUUUUUCCUUCAUCUCUUACUAUUCUUGGCAUAGAUGGAUUUGAGAAACUAGAAUCGGUUUCAACGGGACUCCAACACCUCACCUCCCUCCAACAUCUCUUCAUUGAGAACUGCCCAAAGACAAUAGAUUUACCAGAGAAAUUACGAGUAAGGAGUAAUUACAAGAUUAACACGAAGCCAAGCAAUAAAAGAUUAAAGUUUACAAGGUGACUCGGUCUCUUCACGACCUUGAUGUUGCAAAUUUGUUUUGCUUUUACAAAACUCUUUAAAGACUAGAUUGAACCCAAAGGGGGGUUGUGGUGAUCCUAUGAAGCUUUGUCAAGAAUUAUUAACACCACAAUGGUUUCAUCAGUAGUUUGCUGGAAAGACUGUUUGAGAGUUCGAUUAAAAACAUAACAAAAACAGAGAACUCCAUCUGCUGUUCCAAAAAGUUGAAAACAUAGUUCAUGUCAUUUUGACUUCCAUUGAGUGUUGUAAAUGAAAGAUACUAAGGUUAGGGACUAGCCUACUAUUUUCUUUGUAUGUGGCAUUUUUAUGCACCGAUUCUGUUCAGCUAUGUUAGAAUUAUCUUUUUUGGUAGCUUCUAGGUC